AUGGCCGGCCGCCCGCGCCAGCAGACGGAGCUGCACUCGCCGUCCGCCUCCACGCGGCGGCGCGAGCGGUGGCUGGUCGUACUCGGCGUCGCGCUCCAUGCCGUGUACAUGCUCAGCAUCUUCGACAUCUACUUCAAGUCCCCCAUCGUGCACGGCAUGGAUCCCGUGCCGCCCCGCCUCUCGGCGGCCCCCGCCAAGCGCCUCGUCCUCCUCGUCGCGGACGGGCUCAGGGCGGACAAGUUCUUCGAGCCGGACGAGCGGGGGAGAUACAGAGCGCCGUUCCUGCGCGGCGUGAUCGAGGAGAAGGGACGGUGGGGUGUCAGCCACGCGCGCCCGCCCACCGAGUCCAGGCCCGGUCAUGUCUCCCUCAUCGCUGGCUUCUACGAGGACCCCAGUGCUGUCACCAAAGGAUGGAAGGCCAAUCCUGUUGAGUUUGAUUCUGUAUUCAAUCAGAGUCGGCACACUAUCUCAUUUGGAAGUCCAGAUAUUGUUCCUAUAUUCUGCAGUAACCUACCUCACAGUACCUGGGGCACUUAUCCCCAUGAAUAUGAAGACUUUGCAACAGAUGCAUCAUUUCUGGAUCAUUGGUCAUUUGACCAGUUUCAAGGUCUUAUCAACAGGUCUUUUGACGAUGUUAAAUUGAGGCAGUUACUCCUACAAGAUAAGUUGGUUAUAUUUCUGCACUUGCUGGGUUGUGAUACCAAUGGCCAUGCACACCGACCCUAUUCAAGCAUCUAUCUGAACAAUGUCAAGGUUGUUGAUCAAAUAGCUGAAAGUAUGUACAAUCUCAUGGAGAACUACUUCAAUGACAAUCAAACAGCAUAUGUGUUUACUGCAGAUCAUGGAAUGAGUGACAAAGGAAGCCAUGGAGACGGACACCCUUCAAAUACAGAUACUCCUCUUGUAGCAUGGGGUGCUGGAAUUAGAAGCCCAAAGUUCCUGGCUUAUACAGAGAAACCUGAUGAUGGCUUUCGGUUUGUAGAUGACCACAAACAUGAUACACCCACUCCAAAAGACUGGGCCCUUGAAGGCUUUGAAAGAGUAGAUGUCAACCAGGCUGACAUAGCUCCCCUAAUGGCUACACUUGUGGGUUUGCCAUGCCCGAUGAACUCUGUGGGGAGCUUACCUACUCCUUAUUUGAAACUAAGCAAGGCUGAUGAAGUUGAAGCUGUUCUGGCCAAUACAAAGCAAAUUCUUAACCAGUUUCUCCGAAAGUCACAGCUGAAGGAAUCCAGUUCACUCUACUUCAAACCUUUUAAGCCACUGGCAAACUUUUCUCUAGUGCUCAGUCAGAUUGAGGAUCUUAUAUCUGGAAGGGACUAUGAAACUGCCAUGGAGCAAUCUGAGGAGCUCCGAAGGCUGGCUCUUGCUGGUCUUCAUUAUUUCCAAACAUAUGAUUGGUUCAUGUUAAUGACUACAAUUACCCUUGGAUAUAUUGGAUGGAUGGUGAACCUCAUUAUACAUGUGCUACAGUCUUACACAUCAUUUCCUGCAAUUCUUCUCAAGAGGGCUCAAUUGUAUCCUAGGAAUACCUCCAUGAAAGUUUACAUUGGUGGAUGUUUCUUUAUGGGUUUGUCAUCCAUUAUACUACUUCUAGAGAAAUUACCACUUCUUUACCAUGCUUAUGUAUUUAUGACAAUAUUCCUUUGGACAAGAAUUGUACAAAACUUUGAAUUUUUGAAGGCCGUAUGGAGAGAACUAGCUAAUAAGCCCUUCAAGUACAUUUUUAAUGUCCUGACCAGUUCAGUUGUUGCACUGCUUGUAUUGGAGUUUCUGGUUAUGAGCUUCUUUGAUAGGAAAGUUUAUACGUGGUGCUUCUUGGUCCUUGGGAUACUCGGUUCAACUUAUGUAGCCUUGUUUAUUCAAGCUAGCCCUGCACUUGCGAUAUACAUAUGGCUUGCUUGCUGGUUCCUGUCUGUAUUCACUUUGAUGCCAGCUGAAAUUCCAGAAAACAUCAACUUGGUAAUUUUUAGUGGAGGGCUCAUAAUACUUAUUGGAUUAGCUUCAAGAUGGAUUAAAUCGAAUAGUUCCAGCUUUUGGCUAUAUCUCACUCGAGCAAAUAAACAGGAUCCUCAAUCCUUUAAACUGUAUUUUAUUCAGGUUAUUUUAGUUGCAAUAUCUUCGAUAAUGGUGUGGCUAUCUACCUCACAUCGGUCCCAGAACAGAGAAUUGCACUCACUGCACCAGUUGAUCAAUUGGUCUGUAGCUGGUGUUGCUAUGGUGCUACCUCUUUUCUCACCACCUAGUGUUCUAUCCCGUCUUACAUCUAUCUUCUUGGGUUUUGCUCCUCCAUUUCUGCUGCUUUCUAUUGGCUAUGAAGCAGUUUUCUAUAGCGCUUUUGCAAUGGUACUCAUUGGAUGGAUAUUUGUGGAAUCUGCCAACCUGUAUCGCUCAGAAAGUGGUUCUGCACGUCGCAGAAGCCUUGCGGAUGACUCAGUUUUUGGCUAUGAAGAAAGACACCUACGACUAUCUGAUUUAAGAAUCCCUCUGUUAUUUGUGAUCUUAUUUAAUGUCGCCUUCUUUGGUACUGGUAAUUUUGCAAGUAUUGCAAGCUUUGAGAUCUCGUCUGUGUACAGAUUCAUUACAGUAUUUAGUCCAUUUCUUAUGGCAGGACUUCUUAUCUUUAAGUUGUUCAUUCCGUUCAUGCUUGUCAUAUGUACGUUUAGUGCGAUUACCAAGGUUGUCCGCAUCCCACGGCUGGGCUGUUAUUUUCUUGUAAUACUGCUUUCAGAUGUAAUGACUAUUCAUUUCUUUUUCCUGGUACGGAAUACCGGUAGUUGGAUGGAGAUUGGCAACAGCAUUAGCCAUUUCGGAAUACCUGAAACAGAUUUUACGUACAUCAUUUAUAACUAUGUUAGUUCUUUUAGGAAGGAUCGGUUUCCAGCCCUGCACCUCAGGCAGAUCGGUGGCCAUUGUAAGAAGAACAGUACGGUGGCGCAGGUCUCUUUGCUUUUUGAAGUGCAGGAUACCCAGUUCGUGGUGCCACGACCACGACUCACCUCGGGCGACUUCGGAACUGACGGAGCUGGGCAGCAUCAUUCAGUCUACUGUCCUCUCGGUCACCAGGGAGUCAGGGACCGGCGCGGCGCCGUGGCCCCUUCUGCCUACUGGCAAGGAAAGUUUGAAGGCAAAGAAAGGGUGCAAUGCAGGGUCAAUCUCCAUCGAAAGAUGAUCGUGGAUAGUCCGACCUGUGAGAUCCGUCAACAACUGAAUGAGACAGCAAGCCACAUAGUUGCUGGGUGCCUCUUUGCUGAACUUUUCUGGUCUAAACUUGGGAUCAGCAUGCCAACGGACACUACAACCGUUGCUGGAAUCUUUAGAUACUUUGAUCUGUCCACCACACAUCUCAGGCCAGCCACAGCUGAUGAUGGGCCCCGAUCCCGAUCGCAACGGCUCAGUCCACUUCAUAACCAACCAUGCAGUGCUGGCCCGCCGCCAAAAGCUCUUCCACAAAGCGCAAGCAAUCCACGUCCACACCCAGCACCACCAGUCCACCACCGUCGCCACCAGCAGCCCCAGCGCAAAGCGAUGGCGUCGCUCACCAUGAUGGCGUCCUUCGCCGCCGUGGCGGUGGCCGCGCCCUCGCGCCGCGGCAGCUUCGCCGUGGUCAGGGCCACCAUGGCCGACCGCUGCCAGCAGGAGCCCGCCAGCGCCAGGCUGGCGGCGGCGGCCGAGGAGGCCGCCGAGGGGCGCCGCGCCGUCAUGCUCGCGGCGGCUGCGGCGGCCGUGGCAGCCAUCGGCGGCGCCGGUUCCGCCAUGGCGGACCCCAAGAACGGGAGCCCCGAGGCGAAGAAGUACGCGCCCAUCUGCGUCACCAUGCCCACCGCCAAGGUCUGCCACAACUGA